CCCAUUCAAAAUGUUCAAAUUCGCCGUUGUCAUCUUUGCUGUCAUCGCCUGUGCUGCUGCCAAGCCUGGUUUGAUUGGUGCUCCUUUGGCUUACACCGCACCAGCUGCCGUCGUUGCUGCCCCAGCUCCAUUUGUCACUGCCACCAGCAGCCAAGUUAUUGCACGCAACUAUAAUGGUAUUGCCACAGCUCCAAUUGUUGCCCCCGUUGCCGCUCCUGUUGUAGCCAAAACUUUCGCUGCACCAGUUGUUGCUCCCGUUGCUGCUCCUGUUGUUGCUAAGACCUUUGCCGCUCCCCUUGUUGCCAAUACCUUUGCUGCCCCAGUUGCUGCAGCCUACAGCACACCCUUCGUUGCCAGAUACGCUUCAGCUUACAGCACACCUUUGGCCUACUCUACACCAUUGACUUAUGCCGCCCCCGCUUUGUGGUAA